AGAUGUGGCCGUCUUUAAUAUCCAACGCCAAAAAUGGUGGAUUAGACGUCAUACAGACUUAUAUAUUCUGGAACCUUCACGAGCCACAACCUGGCCAAUAUGAUUUCAGUGGAAGACGUGACAUUGUAAGAUUUAUCAAAGAAAUCCAAUCACAAGGUCUGUUCGUCAGCCUCCGAAUUGGACCCUUCAUUGAAAGCGAAUGGAAUUACGGAGGCCUACCCAUCUGGCUUCGCGAUGUUCCCGGUAUUGUAUUCCGUUCAAAUAACGACCCGUUUAAGUUUUACAUGCAAAACUUCACAACGAUGAUAGUCAACAUGAUGAAGUCGGAAGGCUUGUUUGCAUCACAGGGCGGUCCAAUCAUACUGUCACAGAUUGAGAACGAAUACAAGAAUGUAGAAAACGCUUUUCAUGAAGACGGGCCGCCCUAUGUUCGUUGGGCGGCACAAAUGGCCGUGGGUCUUCAGACUGGCGUACCGUGGAUGAUGUGCAAGCAAGACGAUGCUCCCGAUCCAGUGAUAAACGCAUGCAAUGGUAUGAAAUGUGGAGAGACAUUUAUAGGCCCAAACUCUCCUUCUAAGCCAUCAAUAUGGACAGAGAAUUGGACAACUUACUUUCAAGUAUUCGGCGAGGAUAAAAGAGCAAGAUCUGUCGAGGACCUUGCAUACCACGUCGCAUUAUUCAUCGCUAAGAAGAAUGGGAGCUUUAUCAAUUACUAUAUGUACCAUGGUGGAACCAAUUUCGGAAGAACAGGCUCUGCUUUUACACCACCUAGUUAUUACGAUCUAGCUCCUCUUGAUGAAUAUGGUCAAAUUAACCAACCAAAAUGGGGUCAUCUAAAAGAGUUGCACGCUGCAGUGAAGCUCGGUUCACAACCAUUGCUUUCUGGAUUACCAUCUUCGUCCUAUUUAGGUCCACAACAAGAAGUAAGGAGUUUCUAUAAAAAUCCAUAAUUUUUUUUAUAAAGCCCUGAUCAAGUAUACUCGUUGUUGAUCUAUCAGGCAUAUGUUUUCCGUGGAGAUAAUGAUGAAUGCAUUGCUUUUCUGGUGAACUCUAAUGGCCAAAACGUUACAGUCAAAUUCAAUAAUUUAUCAUUCGACUUGCCUCCAGUGUCGAUAAGCAUAUUACCUGACUGCAAGACUGUAGCCUUUAACACAGCAAAGGUAAGCUCACAACACAGUACAAGAUCAUUCCUUCCAAGAAUCAAGCUUGAUUCAGCUGAAAGAUGGGAACAAUUCAAAGAAACAAUCCCAAAAUUUGAUGAGACCUCAUUGAGAUCAAAUACACUGUUAGAGCAAAUGAGCACUACCAAGGAUGUAUCCGAUUAUCUUUGGUACACCUUCAGCUAUCAACAAGAUAGUUCCAAUUCUCAGACAAAUCUCAGUGUUUACUCUCUAGGACAUGUUGUACACGCCUUUGUCAAUGGUCUACUUGUUGGUUCUGCACAUGGGAGUCGUAAUACAAGUGCAAACCUAGAAACUGCAAUUUCUUUAAAUGGCGGGUUGAAUAAUAUCUCCAUAUUAAGUGUAAUGGUUGGAUUGCCGGACUCGGGGCCACAUCUGGAACAUCGAUUUACUGGGCUUCGUAGUGUAAGGUUUAUGGAGAACCAGAAUGUACAAGACUUCACCAAUUACUCAUGGGGAUAUCAGGUUGGUCUGGUGGGAGAGAGCCUCCAAGUGUACACAGAUGAAAGAUCCCAAAGUUUUCAAUGGAAUUCAUUCAAUUCUCCUCAGCCACUCUCGUGGUAUAAGACUAUGUUUGAUGCUCCAGAGGGUACCGAGCCUGUGGUGCUAAAUCUUGGCUCGAUGGGGAAAGGAGAAGCUUGGGUUAAUGGUCAAAGUAUAGGUCGAUAUUGGAUCUCUUUCCUUGCACCUUCUGGAACCCCUUCUCAAACAUGGUACAAUGUUCCUCGAUCUUUCCUCAAGUCUAAGGAUAAUGUAUUGGUUUUAGUGGAUGAAGAAUCUGGGAAUCCACUUGGCAUUUCUAUUGAAACUGUCUCAAUCGCGAAAGUAUGUGGGCAUGUGUCUGAAACUCAUCCCCCACUUGUUGUUUCUUGGAGGGGACAGAACAAAACCAUUUCGGGGGAUAAAAAACAUCUAGGGAGAAGACCUAAGUUUCAUCUCAAUUGUCCUAGUAAGAAGAAGAUUUCAGAGAUUCUGUUUGCAAGUUAUGGAACACCAUUAGGAAAUUGUGAUAAUUAUUCAAUUGGAAGAUGUCAUUUACCAAGUUCCAAAGCCACUGUGGAGAAGGCUUGCUUGGGCAAGGGAAGAUGCACGAUUGCUCAAUCAAGAAAACUUUUUGGAGGCGACCCAUGUCCCGGCGUUUCAAAAUCUUUGUUAGUGGAUGUACGAUGUGAGUAUUGAAGAUGAAGAAGAAGAAGAAGAAGAUGAAU